AGUGUGGCUCUUUUUGGCAAGUGUGUGGCAUCUGUUCCACUGACACUCCCUGCAUAUUUGGUAUAUUUUAUGACUGUAGAGAAUCAGGCAUUUGUUCAGCUUUCUUUGGAUCCAGGUGUGGGGGAAACAUCCUCACUGUGAAAAUCAACCAGAUUGAACUAAACCCAGAGACGUGAGACGUGAAAGUGUUCUUUCAUCUUGACUUCUCAUAUUUUAGUUUUGUGCCGUCUAAACAAGAAAGAGAUGGAAGUCCAGCUGCGGUUGUUCACAGGACUGAUGGUCAUCACAGCUUGUUUUCAGUCUCUCUGUGCGUCGGACAUUUGCAGUGAGCAGGUGGUUCGUCUGCGGGAAAAGGAGAAGCUUCUGAAGGAGCAGGUUCAGAAACAAGAAGCCCUCCUACGCAGUUUACAACUGUUUAACCAACCUGCGAACAAAGUCGUAUCCAACCAGACCCAGGAGACCGAGCACGCAGACUGUUCUCAGAUCUUCAGUUCUGGCUCCAAAUCCACUGGUUUCUACACAAUCAAACCCCACGGCAGCACUUCUCCAGUCAGAGUCUACUGUGACAUGAGUGAUGGAGGUGGCUGGAUCAUCAUUCAGAGACGGAUCAAUGGGACAGAGCAAUUUAACAGGUCGUGGGCAGAGUAUAAGGAUGGAUUUGGAGACAUGGAUGCAGAAUUUUGGCUCGGAAAUGACAACCUACAUUACAUCACGGCCCAAGGCAAUUAUUCUCUGAGGAUUAACCUGGAAGACUUUGACAGACACCAACGCUACGCCGAGUACAAGAAUUUCAAAGUAGCCAAUGAAAAGGAUCUCUACCAACUUACCUUUGGGACCUACGAAGGUACAGCUGGAGACGCUCUGUCUGGGAAUUAUCAGGUUGGUGUGUCAGGUUGGGCCAGUCACCAGGACAUCAAAUUCAGCACCUACGACCGGGACAAUGAUAACUACAAAGGAAACUGUGCCCAGCAAGACAAAGGAGGCUGGUGGUUCAACAAGUGUCACUCAGCCCAUCUUAACGGCAUGUACUACCCCAAUGGGCACUACAGUGCGGUGACAGAUGAUGGUAUAGUUUGGUACACUUGGAGAGGCUGGUGGUACUCCCUGAAGACCACCAUCAUGAAGCUGCGACCCACCAACUUCAAAAUUGACCCCAUUGACGACCCCAACGCUGUUCACCGCCCUCCUCCUUCCUAGAUCAGACAUGAGCAGACACAAAAUGUUUUUGGCUUGAGUAUUUUGGAGGAAAUGGCUUAACAAAUAUCCAUUAAUAUGAAUAUUAUAAUCCUUAAAGGCUUAUAUGGCAUCAUACUUGUAAGAGGACUUGUGAAACUUGUUUUGAAGACAUGUCUGUUAGAAGGGGAAGUAGCCGACACACACACACACACACACACACACACACACACACACACACACACACACACACACACACACGCACACACACAGCUGUCUGUUUUAGUGGAGAAAAGGGAAAUCUGAUGUCAGUGUGCCAGACACAGACAGAAACAUUGGACAAAAGGCAGUGAAAGGAGCCAUUAUCAUGUCAUUGAAAAUGGCUGUAACAAGAUCUGUGUCUGUGUUUUUUUAAACAAUAACUUUAAUAAAAGGAGAAGCUGAGCUCAGUACCGAGAGUUUGCCCAACUGUUAUGAAGAUGAACAUAAAUUACAACUGAACUAAGAGAACACUAUUACAUGAAUGAAAGACACAACAGUACACAACGAGAAAGUCAUUCCUUAAGAUGUUACAAGUGACUUGAGAUUUAAAAAAUGCAAAUGUGAAAGAUUCCUUUUAGAGUUUCAGUAUACUCUGUACACUCACAGGUUACUCUAUCUCACUGUUCUUUGCAUUCUAACCAUAAUUCACAAAAUAAAACAAGGCUUCCUCGUGUCCAU